AGAGGAAGUGGAUUAAUCUUUUAAGAGUAUAGCAAAUAAUGUAAUCAUGUUCAUAUUUGUAGCCUAAAAUAAAUUAUUCGAGAUUUCUUUACGUUGUGAAGGCAUUAUUGGCUUUGGUCAAUUCUGAAAACCUUGUGCACAAUUGCUUUUGCAAUGUCCCUUUUAUCCAGACUACGAUGUAUCACUGUGGAUGUCACUGGGACCCUCAUAGCUUAUAAAGGGCAGCUUGGUGAUUACUACUGCAUGGCAGCAAAAUCUGCUGGAAUGCCAUGCCCUGACUAUAAACGAGUGCAUGAAGGUUUCAAGCUUGCAUACACAGAGAUGGCAAAGAAGUAUCCAUGUUUUGGGUUUGCAGCAAAAAUGCCGAACAUUGUAUGGUGGAAAACUUGUGUUAGGGAUUCAUUUGUCAGGGCAGGAUAUGAGUAUGAUGAGGAGACAUUUGAGAAGAUAUUUAGACGCAUCUAUGCUUCCUUCGGCUCAUCUGCACCAUAUACGGUAUUUCCAGACUCCCAACCCUUCCUGAGAUGGGCUCGUGAGAAGGGUCUUAAAGUGGGGAUCAUAAGCAACGCUGAAUAUCGAUAUCAAGAUGUGAUUCUUCCAGCCUUGGGUUUGAACCAGGGAUCGGAGUGGGACUUUGGUGUGUUCUCUGGUCUUGAAGGUGUAGAGAAACCAAACCCGCGGAUUUACGAGAUUGCGCUUGAGAGGGCUGGAAAUAUUGCAGCAGAAGAGACUCUGCACGUCGGUGACAGUUUGCGCAAAGACUAUGUCCCAGCAAGGAGUGUGGGGAUGAAUGCCUUGUUAUUGGAUAGGUUCAAAACUCCCGAUGCCGAGGAGUGGAGAAAAUCGGGUGCUAUUGUUCUUCCUGACUUGGAGGCGGUGCGGGAAUUGCUUUCUUCAGAGAAGCCAGCUUCAACUUUUUAAGGAAAUGCUGUCUGUCAUCUGUAAAUCGCUUUGUUUUAAUCAUCUAGUUAAUAAAUAUGACAUACUACUACUUGCCGGUUACCUUACCAGAUGGUAUUUUUCACAUGGCCUGUUUUCACAGACAGUAUGAACGUCUUGAAAUUUGCUGCUAAGUAGUGUUAUAUUUUGGUUC